CGACCGUACGUGAAGGCAACACUGCAUUGCUUUACUUUACUGAGCUCGUGGAGUUUCUUAUUCAACAACGGCUGCGUUUGGGGACUGGAUUUAGCUUAAAGCUUGGGGAGGUUUCGCAGUUUUUAGGAAUUUGGGCUGAAAUAGACACUCGGAGAUUUUUUUUCUUAAUGCUUUUGUUGCAUUGUUAAAUAGAAACUUGUAAAGCAGAAAGGGAAAUCUGGGAGGAUGCGAGCAGCCAAUGGAGCGCGGACUGUAUGGAUGUAGCUGAGGGGCGAUGCUAGCAAGCUAACUGGCUACAGCGGGCAUGGUGGGGCUGGUGUCGUUCCCUCAGAGUGAAAACCAGUAACAAGAAGUCGAUCUACUGACAUGGAAGUCACUGGAGAAAUCAGCGACACUGACAGCGGCAUCAUCCUCCAUUCAGGCUCCGACAGUCCGACUACGCACACAAAGGAUGUGACCACACACACGCGGGCCAUGAAGCUGAAACACCAGGCGCUUCAAGACCGGCUGGAGAUUUGCCUGCUGGAGCUGAAGAAGCUCUGCAUCCGAGAGGCUGAGCUGACGGGUCAGCUGCCGAAGGAUUACCCUCUGCAACCGGGAGAGAAGCUGCCACAGAUUCGCAGACGCAUCGGAGCUUCGUUUAAACUGGACGAGCAAGACAUCCCUCGGGGAUCAGAUGACUCGGAGCUGAGCUUGGUGGAUGCCGAGUUAGCGCUCCAGUCGAAGAUUUACGAAGCCGCGCGCAAGCUCUGCGACGAGGAUCACCUGAGCAAGGCCGUGAGGAAGAGCCGGAUACUGCAGUACAAAACUGAGGAAAAGAAACUCAAGAGGCUGCAGGAGAAGGCCUUUCAGCUGCGACUGGAGCGCGGCCGAUCAUCACCACUCCCUAGUUUUAACGUUGCACAACAAGAUCUUGCCGCGUCUGACAGCUCGUUAUCUGAUUCUGUGGUGCAAGAUGAAGAAGUUACAAGCCAGUCCUCACAGCCAUCCUCAGAGCUUCCUCACUCAGUGGAAACCGAUCCCCCCCAGCCUCUCAGCAUGUCCACACAUUGCUCCGUCGACGGCUCCUACGUGUCUUCGUCUUUGGCUGCGCAGUCCCCGCUGUCUAACCCCCGCCAGUCUCCCUGUCCCAGCGUUGACUCCAAGCUGAGCUUUAACUCGAGCCCUGCGUACGACCCUCCUCCCAUCCAGCACUCCCCAUGGACGGAGUCUAGUCUGGACCAGCCUUACCAGAAGAGCAAGAAGUCGCGUUCCUCCAGCACAGUGAGUCCAGCCAAAUCUGAGGUGUUGCCACCGUUGGAGGCUUGCUUACCACAACAACUCUCCCACAUGAAACUGAGCCGCGCCCAGUCUAACAGCACCCCCUCCACGCCAGAGAUGCGUGUGCACAGACAGCUCUCCCUCAGGGUUUCCGAUCCUGAAUCCUCAUUUUAUAAGGAGCGCGGUCGUAGCAGAGGUGCCAGGCGACGGCUGACAGAAUACCAAAUAACCUUACCAGAAGCUCACUCUCCUGCAAUGAGCUACAGCAGCCAUGCGAGCUCAGAGGACAGCAGCUCUGAACACUCCUUUUCUAUUCACAGCAACUCCCCGUAUCAGGAGUUUCCCUCUCCUUCGUGCAGACCCUAUCAGACUGUGCUCACCCUCUCCAGCCCAGAAGGCAGCUAUGGACCUCAAGGCCUCCCUCCGAGAGGUUUCUAUCAUAAUGCCAGGCCUGUAAUGAGCCCCAGGGUUCAGAGACCUUUUUACCACCAAGAAAUGGUCUACCACCCUGACGCAGACCUGCCCCGGAUCCAUAUCCCGCAACAAAUGCCUUGCACCCCCAACAGAUAUGACUGUUAUCAUCGAGAUGCUGCCGCACCCCACCAGAGAGCACAGAGGCCCUUGCCUCCUGACGUCAGACUCGCUCCCCCAGCACAGAUGGACGGCGUCUACUAUAACUCCAACGGUCUCCAACAUCAGGUGGUGAAUGAGCAGCUGAUGUCCUGGCGCCGCCGCAGUCAGUUCAAACCACCGAGGUCUCGCUCUCUGGACAGACAGGGAGCAGUCCGGCUGAAAAACAUGUCGACACGAGAGUCCCCCUGCUACCAGAAUCAGAAAUACCAUGAGCAAGUUAUCCAAAGAGGAGCCGUUCAGAGAGCUGCAGAAGCUCCGGAGCGCUGGCUGGUGGACGACGGCGCUCACUACAUGAGUCAAGUUUAAAAAUCCAAACGAUUAAUUCACCGGCUGCAGUUUUACAUGUCGGACUAAAGCAGAACGACAUGUCGUGUGCGUCGUUACAAUGUGUCCUUAUCGUCCUGUUCGCUCGCCUUGUCUCAUUUGAGCACGUAGGACGAGGUUCAGAACGUCUUCCCAGAAGAAAUGAGUAGUUUCCUCAGCAAAGUGGAAUACGAUCCAGAUGUAACAUUAAAGUUUGAUCUUUGUACUUAAUGUUGCCAUGUUAAGGGAAUGGAGUGUCUGGCUGCUGCUGCUGAUGAUGAUGAUGAUGAUGAUGAUGAUGAUGAUUGUCCUGUUCAGUCUGACACCGUGAGGUCUGCCGGCCGUGGACAUGUUUCCAUCAUAAAACACAGAAAUGUUUCAUACGUGGAGCAGCUAUAUAAAUGUUAAAUGACGACGUAAAGACAACAGGACCUCCUGCACAGGACGGCCACCAGAAUCACUGUUCCUUUGUUGUUGGUCAACAAAGCUUUGUUUAAAAAAAAAAAAAAACUUUAUAUCCUUAAAGCUGUCAAAAUGUAUUGCAUCUGUAUGAAUUUCAGGUACAAAGCUUUAGGUACUAAACUUUUGUAGGUGGUAAUAUUGCUGGUUUGUGUGAGGAUUUACAAAGAAAAGUCACAUGUUUUUGUUUUUGUUUUGUUUUUUUUGUGUUUAUCUGGUAAAUGAUCUAUAUCUUUUUAACCCGUUUUAAGAAAACAAUCCAUUACAUAAUAAUAAAGAUUAGAAGCAUAUUUUUUUAGAAAUAAUCUAAAUUAAUGAACUUGAGCUGCCUGUCAGUACCCUGAGGCUGACCUCUUUGUUGUGUAUUUUUACAGAGAAAGAUGUUGUUUUUCUUCGUUUAGGCUGUGCUGGCUAACUUGAAUGACUAACCCCCUCGAUCACACAGUUAAAACAUGGUACUAACCCUAAUCGUAUGACGACUAAAGUACCAAAGUGAUACAGAAGCCGAGUCGAAACUGAAUCUCUUGGCAGCUAAUAAAGAGGUCAAACUGAAAUGUAUAUCAUUAGAGCUUUAACCUUAACUCUGUGGGGGGGUUUAUUUCUUAUGCCCUGUUUAAUGCAACCCUUUUUAAGCACACGAAGAACCUGGCUAACAACUUAAUCCUCUCUUAACCCAGUAAAUGUUUAAUUUGGAGGUGAGGAAGAAGAUUUAAAUACUACAGUUUCAGCUGCAGUCGUGUGUCUUGAAUUUAAUGUGAUUUGCACCUCGGAAAUCACAGAAAGCCAGACAUGAAAUCCAAGCAGACAUGGACCAGAGGAGUCAGUCGAACAAAUCUAGUGUAUUGUCUUAUAUAUAUAUAUUUGAAAUAGAACACAAUCAUGUUACCUUGUGUGCCUCUCUUGUUUUGUACUGCCUUUUUAUUUAUCUGUGUUUGUAGUUAAUAUUUGGUAAAUGUGUUGCUGUUUAACAAAACCUGUGAUUUUGGUUGAACUGUGGAAGUAAAAAAAUGUUUUGAA